AUGCUAAGUUUUGUACAAAAGGCGAUCCAUUUGAUCCACAGUUAUUAUAAAUUGCUAUCAACCCGUAUGACGAGAGUGGGGAGAAUUAUGUUCUCUUGUCCGAAGAGAGUUGUUCCUCUGCAGUGCCCGGGAGAGAGAAGAUAUCUGGGCAUCGAGACCAGUCACCCACAGCUUGGUUAUUAA